CUCCCUCUGCGCGCUGUCCCGCUCCGCCGCUGCGAGCCCUCAGUGCUGGAUGUUGUAUAGGCUAGAUGCCACACGUCUUUAGCCUACCGGUUGUAACAGCUGAAAGUUUGAUUUCACAUUUGUAUCGCCGUGUUUCUUCCUUUUCUUCUUCUCCCUUUCUUCUUCUUCUCUUCUGCUUGGAUACUGCUGACUUAGGCAUUGGAUAUGUGCACACAGGAUGAUGACAACCCCUUUCCUCCCCGUAGAAGUAAAAUAAAAUAGGCUUUCGCACACACUGGAUUUACUCUUGUCGUUCCAUAUGAAGAAGCCAAAAAUUUGGAUACUGGUCUGUGUCCAUUUACUGCUGUUCAUCACGUUUGGGGUACAUUCAAGUAAAUUUGACGUCAACCCAGUGACAGAUGACAUCUCUAGACUUUCUAUUCUGAGACAAAAUAUUCCUAAAGAUUACAAAAUUCCUGUACACUACAUUCCAAAAGAAGAGGGAGGGAUGUGUUGGGUAAAAUUAAACGUCUUCUACUUGGAGGAGAGUUUGAAAGAUUUAGCACAUAAGUUUGGAAACAUUUCAUCCAACAGAAAAGAUAUUAGCAUAUUCAACCAAAUGCUCGAAGAACUGCGGCUCAACAUGGGGUCUGUGGAGCCGAUCAUGUAUGAUUUUGAGUGCCACUACAGGAAAGACAGGUGGCAGACAGCGCGGUAUUUUGACUUUGUCAAAGACUUCCUUAUAGCUGCACAGAAUAAAGAAGAUUCAGAUGAAUGUGAUCCUCCUCCCUGUCCUACAACACCACACACAGUAACUACAGAAGAAUAUUUAACAGAUUCGCCACUGUCCAGCAGUAAAGGCCCAGAGUGUACAGGCUGCAACACACGUUCUGAAACGAGCGCCCUGACUGAGGUGGUGGAGCGAAGCCUUCUCUCUUUACUUUUCAUUCCACUCCUAGCUCUCGUAUUCCUGCUCGUGUGGAAGGUCCGAUCACGGAGGAAUGAAGAGGAUCUUCAGCAGAAUCCUGGUGAAGGUGGACGUUUCACAGGAACAGAAGCGACUGCAGCUCCACUAGAUGCUGAAAUAUCAGAAAAAAACAUGUUGAACGUCAUUGAAAUAGUGUAACGCUUCUACCCUUCCAUGUUCUUCGGUGUAAUUGGGUUCUUCUCUUUCCUCCUGCUGGUGUCCAAAGGUGAUGAAAAACAAACAUGAAGCUGAAAGGUAAAAGGCACUUGUUGACUGCUCGCGUGAUUAACGAGAGGGCAGAUUCACAAUUGCCACGGCCGAGAUUCUUCCCGAUAAACCACGCCUGCCACCGUAUGGAUGAGCUUGUGUUACUGCGUAGCCCCCAUGCUUUUGAAAAAGACAGUGAGAUUUUAGCAGAGAUAAACCGCCCUUACCACACCCCACCGGAUUCUCUGGCGCCUGCUAAUCGUCCAUCAACACCUGCUGCAUUUUGAACUUUUGGAGUAAAACAUCCCCUUUUGCAAGUUGCUACAGUCCGCCUGUGUUUUUGGGCCCACCAGUUCAUCAUCAGACAGCGAAGCAGCUGUGACUGACACAGGUUAUCUCUUGUAUGAACUGAGGCACAAAUUACUACCUCUGGUGACCCUCAUGUUAACCACAUCUUCAACAGCUCUACAGUUUCCUCGUAGUCCAGGCUUUUCUAAAGAAUAUAAUGGUAAGCAUUGUAAUUCCAAGGUGUAGUCCCAUUGUUUGGUUAUGGCAUGAACCCAUGCACCUCUACUAAAGGGUCACAUUUAAAGAACAAUCUAUAUUGUAACACAUGGUAAUCCCAACAAACACAGAACAGGUUACAUUUCCUCAUAUGUUGUUGUUGCUGUUCUUGCUGUUGUUGUUGUUGUCAGUAUAUAUGACUCGGGUGAUAUAGGUUGUACGAAUGGAUUACAUGGAGAACAAAACACAUAUAUACAAAAUAUGCUGCUUACUUUUAGACCAUUAAAACCUGCAAUGACAUUCUGCUAACAAGUAUCAGGGAUGACUUCUGUGGAUCCAGGAUUUUCUUGAAACAAGGUGAAUUCAAAAAGUAGUUAGACGCAUGUAAGACAAUAAUGGUCCUCCCAUAGUAAGUGUUAGCUCUACAAUGCCUUUAUUAUUAUUUUUUUUUACUCGUCACCUUUUAUGCUCGCAAAGCAAAAACUGUUACGGGGGACAUUUUUGACGUCCAUUCCUCUAUAAAAGGAAAAGAAACUACAUUUCUAACACGUUUGUAAAAAGAGAACGAAUUAAUAAGAUUGAAUAUACAAAUGCUAUAUAAUAUAACAUUUUAAAUAAAGCUAUCAAUUAAUAAGAUUGAAUAUACAAAUGCUAUAUAAUAUAACAUUUUUAAUCAAGCUAUCAAUUCUUUACUGUUCACUCAACGACCAAAUAUAUUUAUAGGACUGACUUUGCCUUUGGUAUCAGUGUUGUGCUUGUAUAAUAAAAAAAAACAAUUUGGCAAAGCUUAUUGCAUUAAUCAAGAUUCAAAUGCUAAUGAAAUGCUUAAGAGUGAUACCACUGUUUAUGAAAUUUACAGACAUGCACCUUAGUUAUUCUCACAAUCCUCAAAGCUCGCCACAUAGGAAUAUCAAUUUUGCCUUAAAGUUGCACCAUAAUACACUGUCAAAGGAAAAGCACUGUCAUCUCCUUCACAUACUGAACUGUAGCACUGUCAAAAGGUCCUCCUUUGUUUCUCUCCGGUGUACAAAGAUCCAUGUAAAGGGAAAUCUUUCCCUGGAAGUCAAAUCCAAAUAGUUUGCGUGAGAUUCCAUCAGAUUUGAUGUUUAAUCCACAUGUAUGUAGCUAUUGCAAUUGCAGAAGCCAUUUAGGAGCUGGAGGGGCUCCCAGUCUUAGAGAUAACAGCUGUCAGGAGAAAGGCAACAGGUUUAAAAUAUUUAAACAAGUUGACUCCCACAAAGCCUUGCCUAACGCAAAAAAGUAGGUUUGUGAUGGAUACUAGGUAUUGAGAUUAUGUAGACUAUUGAUGACAAUCAGUAACGAGGUAGGAGUGUGAACAGGGCACCUUGGCUGUGGCCUUUCCCAUCAGGCCGCCCUUCUGCGAAUAGCUGACAAUGACAGUGUGGCAGGACACAAACAUCUGUUUCUAUAUCUAUUUUGAGUAUUUCUAUCAUGUUUGUGGUCUUACGUUGUACCAUGUCCAUUCUUGGUUUUGUGCCUUGUUUAAUUAGUGUGAUUGACUAUGUGUGUAAAUGUCAUGUUUAUCAUAUGUUUCUGUGUGGUAGCAGAAAGCGGAAAGAUAAGUACAGGGCAGAUUAGAAUAAAUAACCCAACAGAUCAGAAUGAUCCCCAAUAUCUCUCUCUCGUUUCUUCUUUUUUUUUAAAAUGAACUCAUGACAGUUUAGAUGGGUUGACCUGUGCCCAGUUGAUUCGGAAAUCAGUGCUUCAGUAUGUAAAAACUCUUAUCGGCAGAAAAGCCCGCAGUGGCUGUGACAUUUCUGUCCGUUCAUUACAUUUUAGCCUUUGUAACUUUUAGGAAACGGUUCAACUGGUAACUAUGCUUGUUUCAUGUGUAUUUGGGACUAUAUGCUGGGAAUUUUCUUAUAGGAGGAGUAUAUUGUGCAAAAUAUGUCUUUGAAAAAAAAGUAUGCCACAUUGGUGUUCAUAUAGUUCAGACCUUUCAGCAUCAAUAGGUGGAAUUCAUUGGUGUGGUACAGUAUUGUUUAUGUUUAACUGCAAGAUAAUUUUAUUUAUUCAAAAAUGCAUUUUUAAACAAUACUUUAUUAGUGACAUUUAAAAUAUGUGCCAUAUUCUCUAUGGCAGUUUAGAACUAAUUCUGUGUUAUCAAAAAAAUACCACAUGGGUGUUCAUAUAGUCCACAUCAACAGUACUUUUUACUUUUACCAGGAAUAUCUGAAAUUAGUGGUGUGGGGAAAGUAAGUACUGUUAUUUAAUAGUGUUUAGCCAAUUGUUUUUAUUCAAAAAAUGCAUUUUUGAACAAUAUUGGAGCAUAUUAUCUAUGGCAGUCUAGACCUGAGACUCUUAACUUUAAUCAUCUUUAGGUUUCUCUCCUCAACAUGAAGACUAUUACCUGCAGUCCCCAGUAUUCUGACAGAGACACAGGCUAGUCUAGCCACAACCAAACUAACAAACAAGGUAUACUCUGUCAAAAGUUGCUUUUUAUACAUAGUCUAUGAAUAUCAUGAGCUGCAACAGGUCUAAGCUGUGAACGGAAAAUAAAUAACAUGGUCUCCCAUUUUCCUGUCUAUGCGAGAGCCACAAAGUCUGCAUGUCUAAUGCAUGGAAGCCAGAAACCAAGCAAUUUCAUGCAUUAAUCGAGAGAAUGACUGCCCUUAAGUACUGUUCCUAUGUGGGUUUUUUGUGUGGUCUGAACAAAGUUGCAUCCUGAACAGUGCUUUCGGGCUAAAGGGAUCCAAUCCAUCUCACUCACUUCAGUGGGUGAUUCAAAUGGCUCUAGGCAGGAAAUAAGACUGGGUGCCAAAAAGCAAAUAUAAUUAUUGCCCGGUUGGUAUUCUGGGUAAAAACUCUACUGUUUUCUGUAUUUUUGUAUAAAUGUAAAGAAACAUAUAUGAGAUAUGAAUAAAGUACACAUAUUCAUU